CUGGGCUCUGGCGGAGGCGGGGCAGUCGCGGCUCUGACUUCCAACAUGGCGCACGCAGGCGGCGGAGGCUCCGCGGGCCGGGGAUUCGGCGGCUCCCGCUGGGGUCGUUCGGGCUCCGGAGGCCACGAGAAGCUGCCGGUGCACGUGGAGGACGCUCUCACCUACCUCGACCAGGUGAAGAUCCGCUUCGGCAGCGACCCUGCCACCUACAAUGGCUUCCUGGAGAUCAUGAAGGAGUUCAAAAGCCAGAGCAUUGACACCCCUGGAGUGAUCAGGCGCGUGUCCCAGCUCUUCCAUGAGCACCCUGACCUCAUUGUGGGGUUUAAUGCUUUCCUCCCGCUCGGGUACCGCAUAGACAUUCCCAAGAACGGCAAGUUGAACAUCCAGUCACCUUUGACCAGCCAGGAGAACUCCCACAGCCAUGGUGACUGUGGCGAGGACUUCAAGCAGAUGUCCUACAAGGAGGACAGAGGCCAGGUGCCCCUGGAGUCGGACUCGGUGGAGUUCAACAACGCUAUCAGCUAUGUGAACAAGAUCAAGACCCGCUUUCUGGACCACCCUGAGAUCUACAGGUCCUUCCUAGAGAUCCUUCACACCUACCAGAAGGAACAGCUGCACACAAAGGGUCGUCCAUUCCGUGGCAUGUCUGAGGAGGAGGUCUUCACAGAGGUGGCCAAUCUCUUCCGUGGUCAGGAGGACCUGCUGUCAGAGUUCGGACAGUUCCUGCCUGAGGCAAAGCGGUCCCUGUUCACAGGCAAUGGGCCGUGUGAGAUGAACAACGUCCAGAAGAACGAGGAGAAGAGUCUGGAGCACACUAAGAAGCGCUCCCGACCCUCUCUCCUGCGCCCUGUGUCUGCUCCAGCCAAGAAGAAGAUGAAGCUCCGAGGCACCAAAGACCUGUCCAUUGCUGCCGUGGGGAAGUACGGCACGCUGCAGGAGUUCUCCUUUUUCGACAAGGUACGUAGGGUGCUGAAGAGCCAGGAGGUGUACGAGAACUUUCUACGCUGCAUUGCGCUCUUCAAUCAGGAGCUAGUUUCCGGCUCAGAGCUGCUGCAGCUUGUCAGCCCAUUCCUGGGAAAAUUUCCGGAACUCUUCGCACAGUUCAAGUCCUUCUUGGGAGUGAAGGAGCUGUCCUUCGCACCACCUAUGAGUGACCGGUCUGGAGAUGGCAUAAGCAGAGAAAUUGACUAUGCAUCUUGUAAACGAAUUGGAUCCAGCUACAGGGCACUUCCCAAGACCUACCAGCAGCCCAAGUGCAGCGGAAGGACCGCCAUCUGCAAGGAGGUCCUGAAUGACACAUGGGUGUCCUUCCCGUCCUGGUCGGAAGACUCGACCUUUGUCAGCUCCAAGAAGACGCCGUAUGAAGAGCAGCUGCAUCGCUGUGAGGACGAGAGGUUUGAGUUAGAUGUUGUCCUGGAGACCAACCUGGCCACCAUCCGAGUGCUGGAGAGCGUGCAGAAGAAGUUGUCAAGGAUGGCACCUGAGGACCAGGAGAAGCUCCGCCUGGAUGACUGCCUGGGUGGCACGUCGGAGGUGAUCCAGCGCCGGGCCAUCCACCGCAUCUAUGGUGACAAGGCCCCCGAGGUCAUCGAGAGCCUCAAGAGGAACCCCGUCACCGCUGUGCCUGUCGUUCUGAAAAGGCUGAAGGCCAAGGAGGAGGAGUGGCGGGAGGCCCAGCAGGGCUUCAACAAGAUCUGGCGGGAGCAGUAUGAGAAGGCCUACCUCAAGUCCCUGGACCACCAGGCCGUCAACUUCAAGCAGAACGACACCAAGGCGCUGCGCUCCAAGAGCCUGCUCAAUGAGAUCGAGAGUGUCUACGAUGAGCAUCAGGAGCAGCACUCGGAGGGUCGCAGCGCGCCGUCCAGCGAGCCGCACCUCAUCUUCGUGUACGAGGACCGGCAGAUCCUGGAGGACGCGGCAGCGCUCAUCAGCUACUACGUGAAGCGGCAGCCGGCCAUCCAGAAGGAGGACCAGGGCACCAUCCGCCAGCUGCUGCACCGCUUUCUGCCCAGCCUGUUCUUCUCGCAGCAGCGCCCCGGCGCCUCCGACGACUCUGCGGACGAGCGCGACCGCGACGGGGAGCCGGAGCGCAGGCGGCCGGCCGACGAGAAGCCCCCCGUGGAUGCGCCCCCCGAGCCGCCCAAGGCCCUGGACGACGUGUACAGCCUGUUCUUCGCCAACAACAACUGGUACUUCUUCCUGCGGCUGCACCAGACGCUGUGCGCGCGCCUGCUGAAGAUCUACCGGCAGGCGCAGAAGCAGCUGCUGGAGCAUCGGCGGGAGCAGGAGCGCGAGCAGCUGCUGUGUGAGGGCCGCCGCGAGAAGGCCGCCGACCCUGCCAUGGAGCUGCGCCUCAAGCAGCCCAGUGAGGUGGAGCUGGAGGAGUACUACCCGGCCUUCCUGGACAUGGUGCGGAGCCUGCUGGAGGGGAGCAUCGACCCCACGCAGUAUGAGGACACCCUCCGGGAGAUGUUCACCAUCCAUGCCUACAUCGGCUUCACCAUGGACAAGCUGGUGCAAAACAUUGCUCGCCAGCUGCACCACCUGGUGAGCGACGACGUGUGUCUGAAGGUGGUGGAACUGUACCUGAAUGAGCAGCAGCGAGGGGCGGCCGGGGGCAACCUGUCUUCCCGCUGCGUUCGAGCUGCCCGGGAGACCAGCUACCAGUGGAAGGCGGAGCGCUGCAUGGCGGACGAGAACUGCUUCAAGGUGAUGUUCCUGCAGCGCAGGGGACAGGUGAUCAUGACCAUAGAGCUCCUGGACACUGAGGAGGCGCAGACAGAGGACCCUGUGGAGGUGCAGCACCUGGCUCGCUACGUGGAGCAGUACGUGGGGACCGAGGGUGCAUCCAACUCGCCCACCGAGGGUUUCCUGCUGAAGCCCGUGUUCCUGCAAAGGAACCUGAAGAAAUUCCGGCGUUGGCAGUGUGAGCAGGUGCGUGCCCUGCGCGGUGAGGCCAAGAGCUCGUGGAAGCGCCUCAUGGGCGUGGAGAGCGCUUGCGACGUGGACUGCCGCUUCCGCCUGGGCACGCACAAGAUGGUGUUCAUCGUCAACUCCGAGGACUACAUGUACCGCCGCGGGACGCUGUGCCGUGCCAAGCAGUUGCAGCCCCUGGUGCUGUUGCGCCACCACCGUCACUUCGAGGAGUGGCACGGCCGCUGGCUGGAGGACAACGUGACUGUGGCUGCUGCGGGGCUGGUGCAGGACUGGCUGAUGGGGGAGGAGGAGGAGGACAUGGUGCCCUGCAAGACACUCUGCGAGACAGCGCACGUGCACGGGCUGCCGGUGACGCGCUACCGUGUGCAGUAUAGCCGUCGCCCUGCCUCACCCUGAGCUGGAAGAGGCCCAGUACGUGAGCCCCACCCCCACCCCAUGCCGUGCCCCCGCGGGGGCUUUGUCACUUUGAGCCCGAGGUCAUACCUUGACCUUAAACAAGCAGGAGCCAAGGCUCUUGCGGUGCAGAGCAGACCCCGGGCAUCAGCAGGGUCGUCCUCACCAGGGCAGCCCGGCCCGCAGAGUUCUAAAGGCUUAGGCACAAGUAUUUAUUCCUUCCUGCGCUCCGCUCCGCUCCGCUCCGCUCCGCUCCGCUCCUAGUGGUUGUGACUUUCGCAGCAGCAGCUCCCCUGGCUUCCCACGGGUGAGACCUCCCUGUGGGCCCGCGAACCACCCGCUGUCCCCGCAGCUGCCCUCCGCAGGCCCACAUCGCUGUGCCAAACCCGCGGUCCAGAGAGCACUUGUUCUCCAAGUUUCCUGAGCCGGUUUUUGACCCCGGGCCUGGGCAAUGGGGAGCAGGUGUGCCUACCCAGGCCCAGCCGCGUGCCUCACAAGGGAUCCAUGGGCACCUGGAGCACAUCCUACUUUCCUGAGAAGGGCGUUGCUCGUGGGACCCCGAGCCGCCCAGGACCCUCUGGGCCUCCAUUCCCCAGCAAGGAGCCCGGGCACCUUCGCAUGCUUCUGGGGAGCCACUCCUUAACGUUUUUGAGGAAUUUCUGUUCCAGCCUUGACCUCCCUUCGCAGCUGUUUUGAAUGUAGUUUUCUUUUUCUAUUUAUUUGCACAUUAAAGUUAAAUAUUGACGCCAA